GAUCAGGACCGUGGCUGGAGCCGCCCCCCUGCCCCGCCAAGCGCACAUGUCCGCCUGCCCGUGCCCAGAAGAUGACCAGGCUGCUCUUGGGGGUGACCCUGGAAAGGAUUUGCAAGGCCGUGCUGCUGCUCUGCCUGCUCCACUUCGUUAUCAUCAUGAUCCUCUAUUUUGACGUCUACGCGCAGCACCUGGACUUCUUCAGCCGUUUCAACGCCAGGAACGCCUCGCGCACCCACCCCUUCUCCAACUCGUCCCGCCCCAACGGCACCGUUCCCAGCUACGGGCCAGCUGGUGCUGAGGCCCCAUCCCCCAGCACCAAGCCCAGCACCAACCAGUCUGCCACUGAGAAGCCCUUGCAGCCCUGCCAGGAGAUACCUCCUGGCUUAGUCCAGGCAGGAGCAGCAGGUGACCAUGACCCUGACCAUGUCCUGUCCUGUGGGCAUCGCCCUGCCCUCCCUCUCACAGUUGGACGCCUGCUCAUCGAGUUCAGCUCUCCCAUGAGCAUGGAGCGAGUGCAGCGGGAGAACCCUGAUGUGCGCCAGGGCGGCAAGUACACCCCCCCCGACUGCCUACCCCGGCAGAAAGUGGCCAUCCUCAUCCCCUUCCGGCACCGUGAGCACCACCUCAAGUACUGGCUGCACUACCUGCACCCCAUCCUGCGCCGACAGAAGGUGGCUUAUGGUAUCUACAUCAUCAACCAGUUCGGUGAAGACACCUUCAACCGGGCCAAACUGCUCAACGUGGGAUUCAUGGAGGCACUCAAGGACGACGAGGAGUAUGACUGCUUCAUUUUCAGCGACGUGGACCUCAUCCCCAUGGACGAUCGCAACCUCUAUCGCUGCUACGAGCAGCCACGGCACUUUGCUGUUGGCAUGGACAAGUUUGGAUUCAGGCUUCCCUAUGCCGGCUACUUUGGUGGUGUCUCUGGGCUGAGCAAGUCCCAGUUCCUGAAGAUCAAUGGCUUUCCCAAUGAGUACUGGGGCUGGGGAGGAGAGGAUGAUGACAUCUUUAAUCGCAUCUCCCUGAAUGGCAUGAAGGUGUCGAGGCCCGACAUCCGCAUUGGGAGGUACCGCAUGAUUAAGCAUGAACGCGACAAACACAACGAGCCCAACCCGCAGAGAUUCACCAAGAUCCAGAACACCAAAAUGACGAUGAAGCGGGAUGGGAUCAGCUCGCUGCAGUACCGGCUGGUGGAGAUCUCCCGCCAGCCCAUGUACACCAACAUCACGGUGGAGAUCGGCAGGCCACCGCCCCGCCUGGCCCGCGGCUAGUGCUCCUGUAACCGGGAACCCCUGUGCCUAGGCUGGCUGGGCAUAGCAAGUUUUGCCCCAGCUCAAGAGCCAGGACUGGACAGGGAUGUUUUCUGCCUACUCUGCUGCCUUCUGGAGACGGCUGCCCCCCAGCCGGCCCUUUGGUCCCCAGGAUUUCUCCGUCUCCCCCAUCCCCACGAGUGCGUUUGCAGGACCCCUGCCCCAUACGUGGUGUGUUGGUGGAUGAGCCCAGCUGCCCUGCAAGCAGCUCCUGGCACAGAGGGAGGGGGCAACCCCAGGCUUGGCAAGAAGCCCCCAGUCCAUGCCAGCUCCUGCCUGCACCCUGGGUGGGGAGGGUGAAAUCCCACUGCUCGGUGAGAGCUGGAGGGUCCCCACCAGCGCUGUGAGAAGUGGGGUGCAGGCUUCCCCCUUUACUAGCGCUGGAGCCACUGCUGCCCCAGCUGGGGAUGGGAGCAGCCUGGGGCCCCCAGGCAGGCGGGAUCAGGGCAAGGUUGCUGCCCUGGCCAGGCACUGCCCAUGCUGCUGGGCACUCAGACGUGGCUUGCUGUCUUCCUCUGCUUUAGUCUGGUGCUUAGAGCCGGGCCCUGUCUCAGCUCUGCCAAACAGAGACCUCUGAUUAGCGAACGCCCCUCGCUGUGCCUCAGUAUCCCCAGGGCUGGGGGGAUGGCAGCUGUAUCCCAUCCCCCUUCCCCAAAGGCAGGUGCUGUGUGUGUGUGCAGCUCCUGCCUGCGCCUGCCCUCACCUGCCCUCCCCCCUUUGGUGGGGGAAAUAGGGCUCAUUUGAACCCCCCAGCCCCUCUUGGUGGGGGCUAGUGCAGCCCCCCUCUUGCAGGGAGGGAAUCUUCCCCUUGAGGUCUCCUCUUGUCUGCCUUCCCCCUUCCAGGCCAGGGGCAGGGGGGCUGUAGGCAGGAGAGGCUGGGACCAUGCAGGGUGGUAGCCCUGUACCCCUCCAUGGGACUUGGGAGCCCCAGCACCCCUGACGCUCCAUGGGGGGCUGGGAGCAGUGGGGUUGGGAGCAGGGCAGCUCGCCAGGGCUGGGGGGCACUGGUGACUUUUGUACAUUUGAAUGUCUGACCCUUUUUUCAGCGUACGUUGAAUGCAGCGUUCGGUCGUAGAGACCGAGGGUUUUGUAUUUAAUAAAAGUUUGAAAAGUUG